AGGAAACGUUGGAUAUCCUAUUCCAAUAAAGUCUUCAGCUCCACCAUCGGCAACAACUGUUCAGUCAAAACCGAAAAGUGUUCACAGUGGUAAGAAAACUUCAGAGAAGAAAAAAAGUUCUAGAUCGCAUGGUUCGAGUGCGUCGAGUGAUGAUUCCCUGUCUUCCCACUUCUCGUCUUCCCACAGCUCCCAUAGUUCAUCAUCAAGCAACUCUAAUGCGUACAGUGACAUGGCCAGUCCCAUCAGCAGUGACAGUUCAACAUCUCACAAGAAAAAUUACGAAGCCAAGCUGCCCCCAGCUCAGAGCCACAUGGCGCACCUCAGGACGUCGGACUAUCCUGUCCAGAAGAUGCUGCAUCCAUUUGCACCCGAUCAGCGAAUGGGUAGAGGAUUCAGAGAUGGAAGGGGUGGGUCAUUUCGGGGGGAAAGAAGAGAUUUUCAUAUGGAUGGUAGAGGGGCUGGCCAAAGUGGAGACAUGAGGGCACCUUACAGAAGGAACCCGAGAAUGGAAGAGAGAGGUGUGCAUCCUAUGGAUUAUCCCGCCAGAAAUAUGGAACACUCGAGAGUUGAUCCGAAGAUGUACAGCAGGCCAGGAGGUCGUGUUGGUCAAAUGGUGGACGCUAGAAUUGAUGUUAGGGGUCACAGGAUGGGUGAAAGAUUGUUGCCAAAGAAGGAGGAAAAGAGAGAAGAUGAGAGAAGACAGCCAGGCAGAAGGAUGAACCAGCCGGUAAUGAACAGGAUGUCGAGGGAGCGUCAUGAUAAAUCACACGGCAACAACAGGGACCACCAGGUUGUCAAUGCGAGGUAUCAAAAAAGAGAGGGCGAAGUGGAGGGAGAUGUUCUAGACGCAAACUGGAGCAGGCAGUCUCCGGGAGAAUAUAGACGAGUAGUUAAUAAAUCUACGACAGGAAACAAGCACCAAGAAAUGAACGCACCCACCAGAUCUUCGCAAAGGCAACACGAAUUACCGCCGUCAUCGUCUUCAAGAAAACGCCCCUCAAGUCCCAGUCAGAUGAGACCUCAUGAGAAGCACAUGAAGAUGGCUUACGAAAACAAGGACCUUCCAGCAAGCGGUUCAUCGCGCCAGCCUGCAUCAUCUCGUCAGCAAAGGUCCAGUUUUGUGGAUGAUGUCAAUCGAAAGUCACCUAGUGCUAAAUAUGGAAAAAUGCAAUCCACAACAUCUGAAAGCAAGAAAAGCACUUCAUCAAGAAGAGAAGAAUUAUUAAUGCAGUUGAAAGCUGUUGAAGAUGCCAUUGCAAAAAAACGAUCAAAAAACCAGUAGCUCUUUAAAAAAAUAUUUUUCUUAUCUACUUUCUUCAUGAGAGAUUGAUGUAACAAAUUUUUUUUUAUUUGAAGUUCGGUUCAUUUUUGGCUUAUACAGGCAACAGCUCAUACGAGCAAAAAUUGUA